CAUGCUGGGCUGGGAGCGAGGGAAGGCCGGAAGAGGCCUCGGAAGCCGAGCCAGGAUUUGGAUGUUGGGAUUUGGAAUUUAGGGAUAGGGAAGGGAUGAGCUGGGAGGGGAUUGGGAUAAUCCAAGAAAUUGAUGGAUAAUUGUGAAUUUGUGGGAAUGGGGACUCUUGAGGGAGCUGGGAAUGUUGAUCCCAGAGAAAAGAGGGAUGGCCCUGACAGGAGGGGAAUUCGGGAGCUGCUCCCAGGGAACGGGGACAGGAGGAGAGGAAAAUUGAGGUGGAAUUUUGGGAAAAUUCCUUCCUGGAAGGAGCUGCCCGGGGAGGUUUGGAAUCCCCAUCCCUGGAAGUGUCCAAGGAAUUCCUGGAGGUGGCUCUGGGAUCAGGGACAGGGGGGAUCCGAUGGCCUCCGAGAGCUUUUCCAAGCUCAACAAUUCUGGAAUUCCAUGGGAAGAGAGGGAAGUUCUGGAGCAAAGGAGCCAGAGAAGGGUUUGGGGUUUGUCCUGUGGCUUUUCCAAGUGGGAUUGGGAAAAAUAAGGAAUUCUCUGGGAUGAGGGAAAGAUCCUUUGAGUGCCUGAAGCGAGAGGGAUUUGGGAUAAGGGAUGGAGGGAUGGAACACAGGGAAUGGCUCUCACUGCUUGGAUGGAAAAUCAGGAAUUCCUGGCUGGGAUGGAAUUCCCAGAGAAGCCCCUGGAUCCCUGAAAUGUCCAAGGCCAGGCUGGAUGGGGCUUGGAGCAUCCUGGGAUAGUACAGAGCAGGAAUUCCCAGGAUUUCCAUGGAGAUUCCCACGAUUCCAUCAAGAAUUCCUGGUAUUUCCUCUUUGGCAGAACAGGAAUUCCCAGGAUUUUGUCUGGGAUUCCCAGGAUUUUCUCAGCACCUCUGGCAGAACAGGAAUUCCCAGGAUUCCUCUUGGACAGAACAGGAAUUCCUGGGAUUCUCUGUGGACCUCUGGCAGGACAGGAAUUCCUGGGAUUUCCUCAUACUGGAAUACUGGGAUUUCCUGGAGAAUACUGGGAAUUCCUGAGGAAUAUUGGGAAUUCCCAGGGAAUGCUGGGAUUUCCUGGAGAAUAUUGGGAAUUCUCAGGGAAUAUUGGGAAUUCCCAGGGAAUACUGGGAAUUCCUGAGGAAUACUGGGAAUUCCUGAGGAAUAUUGGGAAUUCCCAGGGAAUGCUGGGAUUUCCUGGGGAAUACUGGGAAUUCUCAGGGAAUAUUGGGAAUUCCUGGAGAAUUCCUGGAAUACAUGCCUGGAAGUUGAGCUGCCAGAGGGGAAGGGGAAGGAGCAGGGAUUUAGAACAAGGAACAAGCUGGAAUUUUGGGAUCUCCUGGAUUUUCCUCAGCACCCACCAAUCUCUGGGAAUCCGAGGAUGAGCUGGGAAUGGGAAUAUCCCAGGAUAUUCAUGGAAUUAUCAGGAAAACACACAGCCAGUGAUGCCACUGGGCUUUUCCAGAGGAAACCUUGGAUUUUGGGAUUUUCCUCCAUCCCUGCUGCUCUGUGGCAAUCCGAGACGAGCUGGGAAUAUUCCAGGAUAUUCAUGGAAUUACUGGCUGACCCUAUCAAUGGGGUUUUCCAUAGGAAGCCAUGAUUAGAAACAAUUCCCAAUUUCUUUAGCUAUCCCAAAAAACCCCGUUUAUUAAGAAUUCCCAUUUUCCUUACUUUUCCCGCGGAUUCCAGUUGUUCCCGCUGGAUCCGAGAGCGUUUCCCGGGACAAGGAAUCCGGGAAGAGCGAGCGGAUGAGCGAGGACAUCCGGAUCCAUUCCUGGCCUUGCUCCUAUUACCUGGACAGCUGCAAACAAUGGAUCCCCGGGAAGCUCUCCCUGACUCCCGUUUCCAUCCGAUUCACGGCUGACAAAAACGGGCAACUCCUGGUGGAUUUCCGACUUUCCGGGAUCAGCGAAAUCAAGAAGGAAUUUUCCCAUUUCGUCUUCAGCUCCUUGACGAUCCUGGAGAAGAGCAGCAAGCACUGGUUCAGUUCCCUGCAUCCCAACAGGAAUGUGGUUUUCAAUAUCCUGGAGCAUUUCUGGAGGGAGCAGCUGCUCUCCGAGGCCGGGGCGGGAGCGGCGUUGGAAUACGGAAAAGGGAAGGAAUUAACGGGAAUGUUGGAGGGAUCCCAGAAACGCCUGCAGGACACGGCCCAGGUGCUGCAUUCCCAAGGGGAACAGUUCGAUUCCAUCAUGAGGGGACUCCACAAAAUCGAGGGGGACAUGGAUGUGGCCGACAGGCUGUUGACGGAGCUGGAAUCUCCUUCCUGGUGGCCCUUCAGCAUCAAACUCUGGAAAAACCCUUUGGAAGCGAAACCGAAGGAAAACCCCUCUCCUCCCGAUCCCAAAAUCCAGGAAGGAAUCCUGCUGAGAAUUCCCGUCAUCAUCACCCACGGGCCAGAUUCCAACGCCAAACCUGCCAAACUCACCGUGUUUUCAUCCGCCUUGGAAAUCAGGGAUUGCAAUUCCCAACUCCUGCAGCGCUUCCAGUCGCGGGAUGUGGAUGAAAUCCGCGUGCACACCCCGUACGAGAUCAGCGUCCGGCAGAGAUUCAUCGGGAAACCCGACAUUUCCUGCCGCCUCCUGGCGGCGCGGAUGCCCGAGGCCAUUCCAAUCCUGCAGAUGCAGUUCAGCAGGAAAAUGCAGUUCUUGGAGGAUGCGCUGGGGUUUGCCGGAGCCGGGAAAUCUCCCCAGGGGGAUUUCUGGCGGGCAGGUGGGUGCUGGCGGGGAAUUCCCGGCUCUGAAGGUUUCUGGGUGUUUGCUGAGGAAUAUUGCAGGGAAUUCCUGGUGAGGAUAAAUCCAGGGAAUGAACUCUGGGUGGCUUUGGAGCCUUUGGUGCUGCUGCUUUUCCUGGAGUUAAUUCCCAGCUGGAAGGAAAUAUCUGAUAUCCAAUAUCCUGGAUCUCAUAUCCAUUGUCCAAUAUUUAAUAUCCCACAUCCCACAUACAAUAUUUAAUAAUCAAUACCUUAUAUCCCAUAUUUAAUAUCUCACAUCCCAUAUCCCAUAUUUAAUAAUCAAUAUCCCAUAUCCCAUAUUUAAUAUCUCACAUCCCAUAGCCAAUAUUUAAUAAUCAAUAUCCCACAUCCCAUAUUUAAUAAUCAAUAUCCCAUAUCCUGUAUUUAAUACCCCAUAUCUGAUAUCCCAUAUCCAAUAUUCCAUGUCCCAUACCCAGUAGUUAAUAAUCAAUAUCCCAUAUCCUGUAUUUAAUAUCCCACAUCCCAUAUUUAAUAAUCAAUAUCCCAUAUCCCAUAUUUAAUAUCCCACAUCCCAUUUCCAAUAUUUAAUAAUCAAUAUCCCAUAUUUAAUAUAUCACAUCCCAUAUCCAAUAUUUAAUAAUCAAUAUCCCAUAUUUAAUAUCUCACAUCCCAU